UUGUAAUUGCAGUUAUCAUCUUGACAACUGAAUUUGGAUUAAAUCUUCUUUUAAUGCCAGCUUGCUGAUUUCAUCUAGGAUUGCUUUAAAGACAAGGGACCCUGUUGAUACUCUUCCAUGGAGUACCAUGCAAAGUACCCAUUUUAUCAUGGGAAGAUAACAAAAGAGUCCUGUGAAGAGUUACUGACCAAGAAAGGAAAGAAUGGUUGUUUUUUGGUACGAGAAAGUGAGAGCGUGGCAGGAGCCAUAUGUCUAUGUGUCUUUUUUGAAAAACUGAUUUACACUUAUCGGAUCUUCAGGGAACAUGAAGGAAAUCUGAGGAUUGAGACUUCUGGAGGUGUUCCCCAGCAGUCCUUCAAAACUUUAAAGGAUUUAAUAUACAAGUAUCAAAAGCCAAAUCAAGGACUAGUAACCCAUCUUCGCUAUCCAGUAAAAAAACAAAACCCAUCAAGGAGAUUAAGGAAAACUAUGGGAUAUCCAGAAAAUGUUUAUGAUGAACUUGAAGAUGGUGAUUACGUUGAUGUCUUGCAGUGAAUGACCAGAACCUGGUUAUUCGGAAGCUAUCUUUUUAAUUUACAUCACAGCAGAUCAGUUGAAGACUCCUGCCUUGAGAAAUAUAUUCUUGAGCAUGGCUAUUUCUGCUGGCUGGAUAUUAUUGUCUACAGACUUUUGUUUCUAGAAUUCAUUCCUUUUUGCCAGCUCAUCAAAGCAAUGGUCUUCCAUGUUUUGGGACAUUCUGUACCCUGUAUUUAUAUACCCUGUUAGAAAAUCACAAUGUGAAUAUGUUUCCUGGAUGUGGGAGAAUGAUUCCUAGUAGGCAAGCUGAAAUCUACUGUGAUCCAAAUUCAAUAGGCUCCAUAGAGUGUUGAAAAAGAGCUUUAUGCAUGAUGUGUUGGUUUUGUCUCAUUGUCAAUUAAUAGGGUAGAAUUUCAAUGAAGAGAAGCUUUUGACGUCUCAGAGGGUGCAUCUACACAUACACUUUACUGCAGAAGUAGCUCCAUAGUAAAGCGUCACAGUCUACACAUGCACCAGUAUUAAGGCAUAGUAAACUAAUCAACUUCACCAUAAGACUAUCUCCAGGGACUGUACUAUUUUACAGUGGAGUCAUUAAGUGAGACCAAAUGCACAUGUAGAUGAUAACUGCCAGGAGCAAAUUGCACCUGGUCAGCCCAGUCUGCUGGCAGCCAGACACCCAACUCCUGCUAGCCCUGACACUGCCACUGCCUGGGGCUGACCCUGUGUGCCUCCUGCCAGCCCAGGGCUGCUCCGCCCUAGCUCAAAUUGCUGCUGUUUAAGAUGCAAGUGUAGAUGCUGUGCCCAGGAGCAGUGUACUCCAGAGUAGUACACUGACCCCAGAGUUUAUUGUAUUGUGUUAAUGGCAUGUGUAGAUUCAUCCAAAGAAGAGUAAUAUAUCCCUGUAGCACUGGAACAAGCUAAUACUGCUGACAAAAUAGUAUAGGCAAUCAGCACCACAGGGGUUUUUUGUUUGUUUGUUUUUGUUUUUUUCAAAUUUUAAGUCUAUAUUGUACAGGUUAAAAAAAUCAAAUGAAAGUAACUAAGGAACAUUUGACUUUCUCAUCUAUAAGCAAUACUGUUUACAGAUUACUUCUAAACUCCUAAGUCCUACACAAAUGAUUUUGUGAAGUUUUCUUUAUUUGCUAUUUGUUUUGGUAACAGAACUUGCUGCAUACCUUUUAAACUGGAAGUGGGUCUAUUGCUUAUAGUUUUUCUUUAAACCAGAAUUAGAUUUGAAGAGGUAAGGCAAGCUUCUGUAUAAAAUGCAGUUUAAUUUUGAAGGUGAUUAUUUGUAGCAAGUGAUUAGUGUCAGAAACAGUGCAGAAAUACUGCACUUAGGUCUGUCACUGCCAGUCUACAAUGGGCAUGUUUGUAGACCUCUCUGUAUCUAUCUCACAUCUGUAAAAUGAAGAUACUUCUCUGCAUCGCAUUAAGGCACAAGGCUACUUUUUCCAUUAAUGCUUGAAAAGAGUUCCUAACUGUUAGAGCCACCGGUGCCACUGUAAGUGUAAGGGCCUUGUUACAUGGUAAUAUUGGGCAGCUUCUGGAGGUCUUAACCUUUGGACUGUCCACACAUCUGAACAGCUGAAACUAGUUUUAUGCAUUCAAAUUACGCCACUCCAGGGCAGGAUUAUCUCUGAUCCCUGUUACCCAGGUUAUCUUAUGCUAAGGUGUAGCCACUCUAGGCUAUACUUUAAUGUAAACACCCCACCUGCAUCCUGCUUCCCACCCUCCCCAGCACCCUAGAAUCCCACCUAUUUACUUGUGGCUGCCCUGUGCAGUCUGUUCCAGGGGAGCAGGCAGGGAAGGAUUAAUUUGCCUGCCCAGCUGUCACUGCAGCUGCUCUCUGGGUCAGAGGAGCAGCAGCUCAGGCAGUAGCAGCAGCUGGGCAGGCGAGUUAACCCUUCCCUGUAUGCUGUCCUGGGACAGACUGCAUGGAGACUGCAAAAAUACGAUGCAUGCUAUAUGCUGGGAAAACGGUUAUUGCCGAAGAAGAGAAAGGGCUGUUUCCUAUUUUAGGAAAACUACUUUAUGUGUAACUUGCUGGUGUGUAUGGUUUGUCAUGUGGCCUGCUGUGGGUGUUCUGAGAUUUGCACACACACAUUUUCGUGCCCAGAUGCACUGGAGAUCUGGCGCAUAGGAGCAGACUCAAUUAAUUGUGUGCUCUCUGCACGCGAGCUGACAUGCAUGGCGCUGUGUUGCUUGCAGUUGUAUAAGCAGUGAAAUGUGUGUCAGCAUGGAGAAAACGCUUUCUAUGUGUUUUAGUUCAGAAGCAGACUGCUAGCACUUGCUGAUGUGCAUUUCACUGCUUAUACAACUGUAUGUGAUGCAGCACUGGGCACUUUUCAAAGCACCUGGUGCCGUUGCAUGUCUAAAAAUACCCAAGUUCUGCCGGGUCAGAAGGGCAAGCGUCUGUGUCCUUUUCCUGAUUUGGACCUCUAAAAAACUUUAAUGUAUGGCAACAUCCUUGAGUCCCUGUCAGGUCUUUGUGUCGCUAGGCCUCCCUUCCUGAUUUGUUUGGAAAGUACACACAACCUGUGGGAAACCAUUGUGCAGGGGCCACCAGGAGGUUGGGGCUCACUGUGAUCUGGGCUGAGGCCAGUGUUGGAGGUAGCCUACAGUUUUGUUUUGUUUUGUUUUGGGGGGAUUCUUAUGUUUUCUUUUGAAGGGAAAUGAUUCUGGGAAGCUUAGUAGCUGGAGGAGGAAUUAAAUAAAGUUUAAUUCAUAGAUUUCAUAGACAUUUGGGCUGGAAGGGACCCCAGAGGAUCAUCAAGUCCAGCCCCCUGCCCCAGGGGCAGGAAGUCAGCAGGGAUCAUAGGAUCCCAGCAAGAUAAGCAUCCAAAUGUGUCUUGAAGGCAUUCAAAGUGAGGGCUUGAACCACCUCCAGCGGCAGUCUAUUCCAAACCUUGGGGGCUCGGACAGUGAAGUUCUUUCUUAUGUCCAGCCUGAAUAGGUUGCAGUGAAGUUUGUGACUGUUCGAUCUUGUCAUCCCUUGGGGCGCUCUGGUGAACAGACAUUCCCACAGAUCCUGAUGAGCACCCCUGAUAAGCUUAUAGGUGGCCACCAGAUCACCCCUGAGCUUGCGCUUUUCCAGGCUGAAG